CGUCACGGUCACAGCUGCGCACACGGCCCGGCGCCGGGCGGCUCCCUCCCCCUUUCCCUCCUACUCGUCUCCCUUCGCUUGGGUCCCGAUGGCGGCCAGUGACACGGGAAGGGCCCAGCAGCAGAUUGAUGAAAUUGAAGCCCUUUCAUCCAUCUAUGGUGAAGAUUGGUGUGUUGUUGAUGAAGAUGAAAAAAUCUACUGCAUUAAGAUUAGUGAUUGUCUGGAUCAACCAAAAUGGACCCUCUGUUUGCAGGUGAUUUUGCCACCAGGAUAUCCGACUGAAGAGCCACCCAUUUAUCAACUCAAUGCCCCUUGGCUUCGAGGACAAGAUUAUACGGAACUAGCAAAUAGCUUGGAAGAAAUAUAUCUACAGAACCUUGGUGAAAGUAUACUGUAUUUAUGGGUGGAGAAGAUACGAGAAGUUCUGAUAGAAAAGGCACAAUCUUCAGAGCCAGAACCGGAUAUUAAGAAAACCAGUGAAGAAGUUGAUGAAGUUGAUGGAGAAGAUUUUCUCCUAGACUAUGAGCCCAUUCAGGAAGAUCCAAUUAAAAUGUUAAAUUACAUGACAUCUGAAAGUCAGGAAGAUGAAGAACUGCCACCCAUACAUCACGGAAACCCAAUCACAGAUCGAAGGAGUACUUUCCAGGCACAUCUGGCCCCAGUGGUGACAACCAGACAAGUAAAACGAGUUCUUGAAAAAUUAUAUGAGAACAAGAAGAUUGCAAGUGCUACUCACAACAUAUAUGCAUACCGAAUAUACUGUGAAGAUAAGCAGACUUUCUUACAGGAUUGUGAAGAUGAUGGAGAGACAGCAGCAGGUGGACGUCUUCUUCAUCUCAUGCAGAUUUUGAACGUCCACAAUGUGUUAGUUGUGGUAUCCCGCUGGUAUGGAGGUAUUCUCUUAGGACCAGAUCGUUUCAAACAUAUAAACAAUUGUGCAAGAAAUGUACUUGUGGAAUAUGACUAUGUGCCUUCAGUGGAAGAAUCAUCUAGACAAGCAGGAAAGAGCAAAAAGAUAAGGAAGGACAACAAGAAGAGAACAGAACACUAAUUUAUUUUUUAAAAACUUUAAAAUAUUACUUUGCACAUAUUUCUACAAAGAAAACCUGGACCUUAUUGCCUUAUCUGGUACAACAGAUAUGUUGUAUUCAGAAGAGAAUUCAGUAAAGAUAUAGAUAUAUUUUCA